UCGAUCACGACAUGUCACCCACUCUCGAUCUCGGACGCGUCCUGCGCGUGCCGUGAUACUGUAACAUUGGACAAAGCCAGAGAAUGCAUCACUACAUCAUGCGGUCGCAAGGAUGAGCUGAGCUCCCUCAAUAUCACCUUCAAGGCAUGUACUGAUAAGCCGAUUCGGGACAAGUCAAAGAGUUAUCGAACCAUCAAUGUAGCCUUUUACACAUUGGCGGUCAUUGCCAUGACGGCUCAGUGGAUCGUGCGGUCCACCGUAGGACGCCUGCAGUGGCUUGAUGACGGCAAUAUGGUCAUGGUCUUGGCCUUAGAUACCGUGCUGUUCGCUGUAUGCUACAAGAUGUCGUUCACUGGGCUAGGUCUUGAUAUGUGGAAUGUAUCCUUUCAGGGCAUCACCACCACGCUUCUGUAUUUCUGGAUCAGCGAGAUUGCGUACUUCACCACUCUCGGUUUCAUUAAGCUCUCGUUCCUGCUCUUUUUCCUUCAAAUCUUCCCGGAGAAGCGGUUCAGGCAGAUCGUGUGGGCCGUUAUCUACUUCCAGAUCGCAUCAAUGAUAGCGUUCGGCUUCGCUGCCACCUUCGUUUGCACCCCUGUCAGCUUGUCGUGGAAGCAGUGGGAUGGAGAGCACUCCGGGAAGUGCGUUAACAAUAACGCAUUAGCGUUUACACAUGCUGCGCACAGCAUCUUUGUUGACUUUAUCACCUUGUCGCUGCCAAUUACGCAAAUCUGGAAGUUGCAUCUAGGGAUGAAGAAGAAGAUUGGCGUACUUCUCAUGUUCAGUGUCGGAGCCUUUGUCACCGUCGUCUCGAUGCUCCGUCUCCGCUCCCUCGUACACUUCGCCAACACUACCGACAUGACGUGGGACUACCUCGAAGCUAGUCUCUGGUCGGUCAUUGAAUGCCAAGUUGGCAUCAUUUGCACCUGCAUGCCUUCCAUCCGUCUUGGUCUCUCACGCCUGUUCCCUAAGAUCAUGGGCAGUACGAACCAGUCCACCGCAAAGGAGACAGCAGGGCCUUCUGCACGAAGCUACGGGCUGGACACCUUUAACGGACUCACUACAAAUGAGAUCAACGUACAGACCACGUUCAGAGUGAGCCAUGCAAAGAAGCCGCAGUCGAAUUAUGAUGAAAGAAGCUUCGUGCAGUUGGUGGAGAUUGACGGAGACUCGAAGAGCGCAAAGAGUUCAGCGAGUUAG